ACCUCGAACCAACUACCAUGAACCGUUCAGGCGAGACCGGAGGAGCCACGAAGCAGCUGCCAUGGGACGAGAAUCUCCCUAAGGUAUCCGAGCGGCUCCGGGUACUGCUGUCUACGGGCUGGCGUUCGGACGUCACCGUUCACGUACAGGGUGUCCAGAUGAAGGCUCACCGACUCAUCUUAGCCAUGAACUCCGCUGUGUUGAGGGAGCAGCUCUUCGACCAAAACGAAACCGCUUCGAACUCCGAACUCAUCCUCGCUGACGAAUCCCCUGAAGCAUUUUACGCCGUCUUGGAGUACAUGUACGGCGGUUUUCCUAGUCUGGAUAGCGUUCCUUUCGCUCUUAAAGUGAGCGACCUCGCCGUGAAGUUCCAGCUGGAAGAACUCCAUUCAGCUUGUUCGGUGUACAUCGCGCAGAACAUACAAAACGCCAGGGACCAAGUCGGCAACGCAGGUCACCUUCCGCAGGAAACGUCAGCAGGUGGCUCCAGACUGCGAAGACGAAAGGGAGAUCAAGUCUGUACUGUCGACAACGAAGCCCCUCCGCGCGACUAGGCCUACUAGCAAGAUGAAAUGUGCAACCCUCCAGAAAGAUUCCGUUCAGCAUCUUCAACUUUCCAAGGAUUUUCUUCUUUCGUUUCAGUAUUUGGUUUUCAGGAGGUCAGUGGUGGGU